AUGGCCCAUAUGUGCAUUAAACACAAUCUACGUUUAGGAGAGCAGAGGACUGUCUCCCAGUGUACUGCCCAAUUUGUUACUAGGGGUGUUUCCAGAAAAAGAAUGACAAAUUACUCCAAUGUUGGAAGAUUGCGGUUCUUGCGCUCACAUAUGGCAUUGGAUGAUGAUGUUCCUCCACUAUCUGUCCAAGAAACUUUGAAGUUGACAAUUCUGGCAGAGAUGCCAUUUGUGAUUCCAUUUAUAGAAAGAGUUAUGAUACUACGUGACCUAAUCAAGCGAGAUAAAGAAGAGUCACAGGGAGACAUGCCAAGUUUCUUGGCGGGCUUCAAUAUUGAUCUUAAUAUUCGUAGAGAUUUUAUUUAUGAAGAUGCAUAUGACAGACUUCGCCCAGAGAAUG